AGGCAAGGCAAGCAGCUCACUGUUGAGGACUAGUUGGUUUUCUAUACUGUAGGGCAGUAACUUUAAACUAAUAAUUUAACUGAUUUAGUGUUUAAUUUAUGUGUCUCAGAAAACUUACGGGGAUAUUACUAUUACUUGAUUUUUUAUAAUUCCCAUAUUGUUUUGUUGUUACUAGUUGUAAGGCGUGACUAUUGUUUUGCAGACAAUUCUAAACAAGCUUGUUUUAUUUGAACUUAGCUUUAAUUAGUAAUUCCUUUAUAUCUAUAAAGGAAUACAAUUUUAUUGUGAAGAGUAGAUUUUUAUCUUUGUUAAUUGCUUUGAAUAGUGUUUUAUAUUGAGUGUUUUAUUUAUUUUAUCCAGAUAUCUAGUGAUAGUUAAAUUUAAUUGAAAUGGCCCUAAUCAUUGAGGAUGGAUUCUACGGUGAAAUCGAGCGGUGUCUCAAGAAAGUAACAGAAGGCGUGGAGACGUUUGAAGACAUUUGGCAGAAAGUCCACAAUGCCACGAACAGUAACCAGAAGGAAAAGUAUGAGGCUGAUCUCAAAAAGGAAAUCAAGAAACUGCAGAGGCUACGAGAUCAGAUCAAGAGCUGGAUCGCCUCUGGGGAGAUUAAGGAUAAGAGUACGCUCCUUGAUUACCGGAAACUCAUUGAAACUCAAAUGGAGAGGUUUAAGGUUGUAGAGAGGGAAACGAAAACCAAAGCGUACUCCAAAGAGGGGUUGGGAGCUGCCCAGAAAAUGGAUCCUGCGCAGAAGGAGAGAGAAGAGAUAUCAACAUGGCUUGUGACAUCGAUAGAUGCUUUAAAUCUCCAGCUUGACCAGUUUGAGUCGGAGAUCGAGUCGCUGUUAGCAGGGAAGAAGAAGAGACUAGACAAAGACAAACAAGACAGGAUGGAUGAACUGAAGCUGAAGCUGGACAGGCACAGGCAUCACAUACGAAAGCUAGAGACCCUGCUGAGGAUGCUGGAUAACAUGUCGGUGGAAGUCAUCCAGAUAAGAAGAAUAAAAGAUGACGUAGAGUACUACAUCGAGUCAUCCCAAGAGCCAGACUUCGAGGAGAACGAGUACAUUUACGAUGACAUCAUAGGGUUAGAUGAGAUCGAGCUGUCGGGUGUUGGUUUGCCCUCAUCGGCGACGACAGACAGCAACGGCACCCCUACAAGCCUGACCUCAUCGCCUCCUCCGUCCCCCCCUCUCCCCCUCCAUAAUCAUUCCAGUGAUAGUUCUAAUGAAGAGAAGAAAAAGAAGGAAGUCGAUCAACUACCUACUAAGGUGGUGGUAAAACCUACUGCAGUUAGAGCCAGCAAUAGCAGUAUACCAUUGCUCAACUCAAACAGUAAAACAACAACACCUCUGACAAACAACAACAACAACAAGCCUGUGUCUCACUCUACGCCCAACAACAGCUCACCCUCGUCGGGCCAUAUGAACCACCACCAUCCUGUCGUCGCCCCGCCACCGCCACCAUCGAGUAACUUCGCUGCCGUCGCCGCCGCGCCCACUCAAAACGCUUCCAACAAAAUUACACCUCAUGCGGUGGAGAACGGCGGCAUCCUACCGGCGAGCAGAGGGGAGAGCAAUCAAAUACCCAACACCAACUCCACAGGUUCCUUGCACCACCCGGCGACGACAGAGUCUCCGCACGCAAUGCACAACAAUGUCAGCUCGGCAGGGGUGUCCAGUUCCCCCCCUUCGUCUGUGAGCAGUGCUCCGUCACCGACACCUCCCACCCCUCCCCCUCCUGCCCCCGUGCCACCACCUCCUACGGACCACGCCCUCUCCUCGCUCAAAUCUAUAGCACAGCAAGUCAUCGACCGAGCUGGUCUCGAAAUGCCCCCUUCGGACUCGAGUAGAGGACUGUUUGAGAACAAAGCGCGGGAGAGUGUGACGUCGGAAGCCCACAUACCUCCACUCCUCGGGGUGGCACCCCUUGGGCCUGUGCCACUACAGAAGGAGCACCAGUGUCAGUUCCAGAUGAUGGAGGCAGCGUUCUACCAUAUGCCUCACCCCUCGGACUCAGAGAAGAUUAGACAGUACUUGCCGCGCAACCCCUGCCAGACUCCUUCCUACUAUCACCAGGCUCCUCUGGCACACUCAGAUACGUUGGAGUUCUUCCAGCGAUUGUCGACGGAAACUCUCUUCUUCAUCUUCUACUACAUGGAGGGGAGCAAGGCGCAGUACCUGGCAGCGAAGGCGCUGAAGAAGCAGAGCUGGAGGUUCCACACCAAGUACAUGAUGUGGUUCCAACGUCACGAGGAGCCCAAGCUGAUCAAUGAGGAGUAUGAGCAGGGGACAUACAUCUACUUUGAUUACGAGAAGUGGGGCCAGCGGAAGAAGGAGGGCUUUACAUUCGAAUACAAGUACUUAGAGGAUCGUGACCUGAACUGAUCUGCCAUUGUCUGCAAGUGAUAUUGUAUAGAACUUUUUUUAAGAUAAGAAAGAAAGAAAAUCUCGCGUGUCAGUUAAAGCGCAGGUCGUCACCAAGUUUUCGCAGCGGCUGUGAUCAACCCGUACUGCCGGCAACAUUCAAGACUCUAUAUAUAUACUGAAUAUUUAUUGUGAUGUCACCAGCGGUGCGGAUUGGACAAAGUCAACAUGCGUUCAAUGCGUCCAGUUAUUCUCCACGCGUCUAGCUGUGUUCACGAAGUGAAGUCAAACGCAAUAUACAAAUUUGUACAAAGCUAUUUUUUUUUAGAUUAUAAUAUUACGUUUAGAUAGAAGUAUAAAAUCCGUAGAUAUAUUUUAUUAUUUGGCUAGAUGUGUGGUCUAUACUCGGCUCAUUGGAUGGGCGGACAGUUACAAGUCGGCUUGUUGUGUACAGUUUUUAUCAGACCGGCCUUGAUGUUGCAUUUUUCACGAAAUUUCAUAAUAAAUGAAUAAAGUGUAUUUUACACGAAAUUGUUAUUGUUAAGAAAACAUAACAAAGAUAAAAAAUAUAUUGUACAUUCUAUAUAGAUAAACGAGUCCGAUAAAAGUCCCUGGGACCAGCUAUCAGAGACCUGUACAUUUUUGUAUUUUAAAGUAAAUUCCCUUUGUUUUAUUUGUAUAAUUAUAUAGAAUUUAGAAAUUGUGUAUUUUAGACUUUCGUUGUAUGUAAUAAUUAGUCACACUGGAACCUCUGACGUUUCCUUAAUUUAGAGUAAUGGUACGGUGUAAAGUGAUAAGAGAUUUAUUUGUGACUCGAUUCCGGAUGCGGCCCACCGUCGUCGCGACGGCGGGCCGCAGACGGAACAGAGAGGCUGGUCAUAGUCCGUGAGCUGUACCGUCAACUGAAAUGGCUCAUCAUUCCAGUUACUGAGGCAUUUACUGUGCAAUGUGUUGUCUCUGAGACACGUGAUCUCAACCCCUCCCUAUCGACGGUCCCAGGGUACCCAGACGCAUUGGCAUCUAUUCUUCAUUGUCUUUCAACAUUUGUUAUGUACAGAGUUUAGGCUGUAAUCUAAGCAAUGAAAAGAUGGUGAUGACCUGAUUUUUAAAUACAAUCCAUUUUUGUCAGUAUUUGUACGUUUUAUUUCUUAUCUUAAUUUUUUUAUUUUACAACCCCCAACUGCCUUGUUUAUUUGUAGAUAUAAGAUUAUGGGCUAAUGCCUGUAAAGAGAAUUGAAAAUACAGAUCUUCGUUUACAAGAAGCAUA